AUGAAUCCUAAUUCUAUCACCCGAGUCAUCACCCUCACUCCCAAACCCGAGAAAAUCGAGCAAGCUCUUACCGAAGGGGCAAAGUUCGCUAAAGUAAUUGAGGAUGCCGAGCCCGGGUGCCUUAUGUAUAAAGUUUCAAAAACCAAGCCGCUGAUGGGUGAUGGUCCGGAGCAGAUUGUUAUGGCUAUGGUAUUUAAAGACGAGGCAGCGUUAAAAGCCCACGAGGAGAGUGCUCAUGUUCAAGGAUAUAAGGUGGAUAGCAAGAAGGCGGAGUUUUUGACUACCCCGCCUGAUGUUCGAGUUAUCAUUCCUGCAGGAGGAUUCAAUAGAAUUUGA